ACUACAACCACAACUGCCGCUACAGCAACCGCAUCUGCCCCUACUACAACCACAGCUGCUCAAACAACCAAAGCUGCCACUACGACCACAGCUGUCUCAACAACAACCACAACUGCCCCAACUACAACCACAGCUGCCCCUACUACAACCACAACUGCACCCACUACGACCACAGCUGCCCAAACUACAACCACAGCUGCCCCAACUACAACCACAGCUGCCCCAACUACAACCACAUCUGCCCCUACUACAACCACAGCUGCCCUAACAAAAACCACAGCUGCCCCAACUACAGACACAGCUGCCGCUACAGCAACCGCAUCUGCCCCUGCAACCACAGCUGCAACAACCACAGCUGCUAGAACAACCACAGCUUCCCCAACUACAACCACAUCUACCGCCACAACAACCACAUCUACCGCCACAACAACCACAGCUGCCCCAACAACACCCACAGCUGUCCCAACAACAACCACAGCUGCCACUACGACCACAGCUGUCCCAACAACAACCAGAACUGCCCCAACUACAACCACAGCUGCCCCUACUACAACCACAACUGCACCGACUACAACCACAGCUGCCCCUACAACAACCACAGCUGCCCCACCUACAUCCACAUCAGGCCCUACAACUACAGCUGCCCCAACAACAACCACAGCUGCCCCAACUACAACCACAGCUGCCGCGACAACAACCACAACUGCCCCUACAAACACAGCUGCAACAACUACAGCUGCUAGAACAACCACAGCUUCCCCAACUACGACCACAUCUACCGCCACAACAACCACAGCUGCCCCAACAACACCCACAGCUGUCCUAACAACAACCACAGCUGCCACUACGACCACAGCUGUCCCAACAACAACCAGAACUGCCCCAACUACAGCUGCCCCAACUACAGACACAGCUGCCCCAACUACAACCACAGCUAACAACCACAGCUUCCCCAGCUACAACCAUAUCUACCUCCACAACAACCACAGCUGCCCCUACAACCACAGCUGCCGCUAUAGCGACCACAUCGGCCCCAACUACAACCACAGCUCUGCCGCUAAAACAACCUUGGCUGCCCCAACAACCACAGUUGCCACAACAACAACCACAGCUGCCCCUACUACAACCACAGCUGCUGCCCCUCCGACAACCACAGCUGUCCCUACUACAAUCACAGCUGCCACAACUACAACAACCACAUCUACAGCUACCCCAACAACAACCACAGCUGCCACUACAACAACCACAUCUGCCCCUACUACAACCACAGCUGCAGCUACAACAACCACAGCUACCCCUACAACAACAGCUACCCCUACUACAACCACAGCUGCCGCUACAACAACCACAGAUGCCCCUACUACAACAACAUCUGCCGCUACAACAACCACAUCUGCCCCUACUACAACCACAGCUGACCCAACAACAACCACAGCUGCAGCUACAACAACCACAGCUACCCCUACAACAACAGCUGCCCCUACUACAACCACAGCUGCCGCCACAACAACCACAGAUGCCCCUACUACAACAACAUCUGCCGCUACAACAACCACAGCUGCCCCAACUACAACAGCUGCCCCAACAACAACCACAUUUGCCCCUACUACAACAUCUGCCGCUACAACAACCACAGCUGCCCCAACUACAACAGCUGCCCCUACUACAACCACAGCUGCCCCAACAACAACCACAGCUGCCCCUACUACAACAUCUGCCGCUACAACAACAACCACAGCUGUCCCUACUACAAUCACAGCUGCCACAACUACAACAACCACAUCUGUCCCUACAACAACCACAGCUGCCCCAAUAACAACCACAGCUGCCACAACAGCUACCCCUACUGCAACAGCUGCCGCUACAACAACCACAGCUGCCCCAACAACAACCACAGCUGCCGCUAAAACAACCACGGCUGCCCCAACACCCACAACAGCUGCCCCAACUACAACCACAGCUGCCCCCACAACAACCACAGCUGCCGCAGCUGCCACAACAACCACAUCUGCCCCUACUACAACCACAGCUGCCCCAACAAUCACAGCUGCCCCAACAACAACCACAUCUGCCCCUACUACAACAGCUGCCGCUACAACAACAGCUACCCCAACAAAAAACACAGCUGCCGCUACAACAACCACAUCUGCCCCUACAACAACCACAGCUGCCCAAACAACCACAUCUGCCCCUAGUACAACAACCACAGCUGCCCCAACAACAACCACAGCUGCCCCUCCUACAACUACAGCUGCCCCAACAACAACCACAGCUGCCAUCUGCCCCAACAAAAACCAUAUCUGCCCCUAG